UCAUCUCCAACAAAUGUCACAACAAACAGAACGGCGAAACAUAAAAUAACAGGUACCCGAAAUGAAUCGCUUCGCCUAUGUGGAGGCCCGUUUGAGUUCUAAUGAAUCCUUUGUCAGCCGCGAUAACAAGGUGAAAAUAUAUGAUGGCGACCAAAAGACGGAGUUUGAGGAGGGCGAAAUAGUGCUCACCACGCACCGACUUUUCUGGGGUCGUCCUGGAGAAAUAGCCCGGGCCGCCGUAACACUUUGCCUGCCACUUAGUUAUGUGAUAUCCCUCAGCGAGGAGACAACUGCCUCCAACUUCUUUGGGCGCAAGACUCGCAUAAUUAUGCAUCUUCGUCCUCCGGCGCCGAACAAAGGGCCUGGACCACUGGACACCAGUCGAGCAACUCACAUCAAAUUAUCCGGAAAGAAUGGACUAAGCGUGGAGUUCCACAGCGCUCUGCGGGAGACUCUUAAUGCCCGCGUCUGGGAAAUAGUUCUGAGCAACGAAACUGUCAUUAAUGGAUUGAGCAGUAGUCCAGUGUCGGAACCAGCCAACGAUAGACUAGCUCGCAUUCAGAAAAGGACAGGAAUUGGCGGCAUUGAACGGCAUCUGGAGGCGAAAGCCAAGGCAACGGAUGAGAAUAUAGCAAUGGCCUUUCAAGAUCUUAGUGUACUCAUGGCCAUGGCGAAGGAUAUGGUUGGAGUGUCCAAGACAAUUAGCAGCAAGAUACGCGAGCAAAAGGGCGAAAUAUCCGACGAUGAAACGGUGCGUUUCAAAUCCUACUUAAUGAGCUUGGGAAUCGACGAUCCCGUGACGCGGGAUAACUUUACUAGCAAUUCGGCUUACUUCAGUAGCUUAGCCCGACAGAUUUGCGAGAUGCUGCUAGAUCCCAUCGAGGAGCAAGGAGGUAUGAUGUCUUUGGCUGACGUUUACUGUCGAGUGAAUCGAGCCCGUGGACUUGAAUUACUUUCGCCAGAAGAUUUGCUGCACGCCUGUGAGCAGCUUAGUGGUCCUAUACGCCUACGCAGCUUUCCCAGCGGUGCUAGAGUGCUUCAACUGGAAUCGCACGAUGAUGCUCUUAUUGCAGUUGACACAUUGGAAAAGGUUGAGGCUGCCGAGUCUCUGGCUGUCGAGGAACUUGCCAAGCAGCUUGGAAUCUCUCUCCUGCUGGCAAAGGAGCGAUUACUUGUUGCAGAGCGUCUGGGCAAAGUGUGUCGCGACGAGUCCGUGGAGGGGCUACGGUUCUAUCCUAAUCUGCUGCUUAACCGGGGCUAAUUUAACUGUGAAUGUGCUUGUUAAUAGAUAUGCUAAAUAAACAUUUAUUACUUUUUACUUGA